CUUCCUUUUUGUUCAUAAGAAUUUGGACAAUUCGAUUUUUAGUGGCGCACUGGAUGACCUUCGGGCUGUCGACUUUUGUUAUGGUUUUUGGGGAUUAGACCAACAGGAGCGUAAAAAAUGAAUACAAAAUAGUUAUCAUAGCACAGAAUAAAACGUUAUGCCGGGAGAUAUUGGACGUAUACCCAUAAUAUCUCUUAGCGGAUGCAAGUAUUUGACCAACAUAAUCAAUGACCUCCCUCUUCCUAAAUCCACUAAUGUCCCCAUAAAAUGUCAUACUCUACUAAAUGACCAGAAAUUCGCUCAAGAGGCCUACAGAUGUAUCAAUUGUCAAAACGAGGCCCUUGUUGGAGCACUGAUUAAAGCUAUAAGCAGUGUUAACUACGAUGUACAAUUCAAGGAUAAAUCUCUUGAGCACACUAUAGACUGUCCUACUUCUCCUUUGCUCCUUCGAGCCCUUUUGGAAAAGAAGCCAGAUAUUUUAUCUGGUAAGGCUUCACAAAACAUCUCGCGUCAACUUGAAGGUCUCUCCACAAAUGAACUAUUGGUCUCUAAAGGGUCGGCCAUUAAUAGGUUUAAAACAGCUGAUAAGCAGAAGAGUAAGAAGCCUAAGGGUGGCAGCAUCACUUAUAAUGCUGUGAGUGUAGCUCCACUAAAAAUCUCGAUCAAGAAGACCUGUACUUCAGAAGUUAAGAAAACCUCAAGUAGUGGAGAAACCCUAGAUGAUUAUUCCACGAUUCACAAUAUUCAGACGGGAAAUUAUCUGGAUAAAACUGGAACAUGUCUUGUAAGAAUAGCUACCCACACUCUCGAUUCUCUAAAUCGUUCAGCAAGCCAAACACUUGGUUCUACUACUGAAUCCCAGAACAACCCAUCCUAUUUAAAUAAAUCAAAGAAAUCAGAAGAUUACACUGAAAUAACUGACGACCCAUCGAAGCCAAUCAAUUCUACGGGUUUGGUCUCUUUAAACUCCACGAUAAAUCUCGUAAAAGACCAGACUAAUUACACACUAUCAGAUUCAUCGGCGAAUAUUUUGAUUGAUGAUGCAUCAAGAGUGGAAGUCCCGUCGACAUUUCAUACCUCUCACUCUCCGUGCGAAGCUGAUCAGUUGUGUACAGAACAAUCCCCAUCUCCUAAAAUUAGUGAUCUCACCUUUGGAUCGUCGGGUUAUGAUACGAACUCAGCUCAAACUCGGCGAAUCCCCGAUCCAGCAUUGUCCCAAAUCUUUCAUUCUGUGGCUCUCUUUCACACUUACCAGCCUACAUGCGAGCCCGACAAAGGAGUGGAUAACGAAGGUGGUGGCCUUUUUGACGACUGGGUUGAUGCACCGAAGCUUUCGGAAUCACCAGUUAUGUCUGUUCCUACAGUACCAAAUAAAUCUAUCCCCCCUGGAUGUACUUCUCAGACCCCUUGCAUUUCAUCUACAUCAGCAGCCAUCAAGGAAAAGUUAUGUGUCUGUGCUGAUAAUGAAACAAUGGGGAGUUUUCCUCGUAGUCCUUUGUCUACGCUUGCGAUUAGCUCAUGCCCAACCACUUCAGGUAAAAACAUCCCUGUUUCGUUUCACAAUGCUACCUCUGCAGUGAGUAUAUCCGCUUCAGCAGUGGCAGCAUCUCUCUCAAUAUCCAAGGUUAAUACACCAUCACCUACGAGAUUGUUUGACUCACUUGAUGAAACUCUAACUACCAACCUGUCUACUUGUAGUGCCUUGGAAGAACAGGUGAAUUGUACCCCUCAUGGACUGGCGGCGUAUCUACCCCGUUGUAAUAAUCAGCGAAUUAAUUCCGCACAUCCAUCUGUAUUUUCAAAUGAAGAUGUUCCUGCAACUUUUGCAAACUCAGUGUCUCCGAGACCAGCUUUGUCCCCGGCUAUUGAUUGCAUUGACCUAAAUUCUGUCAGUCCGUUAGAAAUGACUGUUCGAACUUCCGGUUCGUUGAAAACCAUCGGCUUCUCCGGUAACGGCCCAACAACUUACUCAAAGCCAAAACAAAAUGGUCGUGGUCGUUUUCAUCUGGAAAGCACAGAGGUGGAGGUCGCCGUAGACGAACUGAACUUGAAGAACUUAAGAGGUGGAGUGUCUUAGAUCACGCAAAUCCUGGUUUCGAACAAAAAAAUGAGGAUCUUUGCGAAGUCCGCUAUUCAUCCCAAAACUCGGUUACCGGUCGGGAUCCUGGGACUACGUUUGCUAUAUCAGAAGCUUCGGUUCAGACUGCUGUUUCAAAAAAGGAUAUUUCAAACUUAAAUUUCUCGGAUGUAUGCCACCAGUAUGGUGGUUUUACAGAGGCUCUUGUAGAACGUGUCAAGCGGCGUCGACAACAGCGUGAAAUGGAAUCUAAGGGCUUUAAAGCAUCACCAAAUAAAGAGACACUCAGGAGUUCCUGUGAAGUUUCCCCUCUCUCUACCCCAUCUCCAGGGCAGAGUCAUCUCAAAGUCACUUCACCUCUUAGAAUGCAUAAGUCAGCCAGUUUACUAAAACGUGAAAAUAAAAAAGGUACUCAACGUACAACAUUCAAAACAGAACGUGAGAGCCAAGGAAAAGGAGGUAGCAUUAGUGCAGCUGUAAAUGACUAUACCAAACUAAUCCAAUCAACUGACAGUGAUUGUUCGCUGUCUCCUACUAGCACAGUUUUAUCAUCUGUUCAGUCUAAUUCACCAUCCAUGAGUAGUGUCCCACCUAUUAACAGUUUGCAGCCUAGCCCUCCUGUUUUAUCAUAUCAGAAAAUCGACUCAACUAGUAACUGCCAUACACACGACACGACUGUGUACGACAGAACAGCGAGAUCGUUUGUUCCGUGUAACGUCAAGAGUCCCAACAUGGCAUCUAAUUCCAACGAUGAUGUUGCUUUAGUCUCUACUUUUUCCACUCAGGCAAAUGAUCAGGACUCUGAUUUCUCAGAUGCAAAGAAAGCUCAUGCUACAUCACAAUGGAAAGAUACAAAGUCGUCGUUGACGUGUAAUUACCGAGAUCCAGUCACUGUGCAGUCUUUCAGAUCUCGUUCAAUUCAUGGAUCUUGUGCUCGGUCAAAUAAUUCAUCUCUACAUUUGCCACCCCUCUUACCCUUGAGUCGCUACUCUCCUAGUUUACUUCAUAAACCAUUGUCUGUUGAUGUGUUAGAAAGUGCUAGAUGUCAGGACCACGUUGAAUGUAGUAUGAAAGAUAUGCCUUCACCACAACCGUGUUCUACACAUCAUACGUAUUUGAAUACAAAAGCAACUAAGAAGCCUGUCGUGUCACUUACUGAUCUGUCUUUCGGUCAUCUCACUGUUGAUGUUUCCUCAAACUCAAACAUUUGUUCGUCUGAGCCGAGUCAUAGUGUUUUAGAUAAGAUUUCUAACACAAAACCUGAAACAAUGAAUUCUCAUUUAUGUAAACAAUUCGAUAUUUGUCCAACCCAAGUAAUGGAUGGUCAAAAUGUACCGUCAAAUCAAAGUGAACCCAGUGAAUCCAGCAAUAGUAGCAUAGCAAGUUCGUCUCCAAGAUUGUUUUCAGGAAUAGAUACUGCAUGUGGUUCUGAUCACAGGUGUCGUACACCAAGUACAAUAGCCUAUACCCACAGCUCUGCCAUGGAAGAUAAUGAUGACGAUUCCCCUGACGUCAACUGCCGUCGACAUGAUACAAAUCUAGAUGUUGGUUCUGAUUCUGACUCUUCAGAAAUCAAAUCUUGUUCUGCUUCCACAGAUCUUGAUGCACCGAAAGCAAACGAAUUCGGUUCCUUCUCACCGUCUUCGUUAUCUUCUAUCACUGAUGAUGUAGCUACUAUUUUUUCUGAUGAGCAUGAAUUUGAACACUCUCGUCAGUCAGAUUACUCUACAUCAACUGUUCUCCAUCAAUUUACAAACCGUCUAAGCAAAAUUUUACGACGUGUUGAAGAACUUGAUUUGCUCCAGUUAGCAGCCGUUGUUCAGAGCAAACUUGGUACUGUCUGCAAAAGGAGUUCCUCUGAUCAAGAGGAUAGUGAUGAGUCCUGUGCGCGCAAUAAUGUUUCAUCCACUUUUCCCGAUUCAGCUCGUCUUACUAAACAAGAAAUCAUGUCGUUAUGCUCCGAUUCAGCUAAAAUCCGAUUUGCUGGGUCCAUGUCAACGAUACCAACAGGUCGUUUGGUUCGAUUUCUAACUUUACUGUUGGUAAAUAUGCAAGAAGCUGCUUCCGUUUCUCCAAAUAUUUCAAAUAUUGUUGAAACACAUCGAAUUUCUAAGAAACGCUAUAAGUAUAAUGGGGAACAACUUGAAAUCAGUGAUAAUUCUUCUACUCGGAAUGGCUAUUUUACAGAAACAGUCUUAUGGUCUGAUCCCGAAUGGUCCUCCUCUCUCAUUGGUUUAGAUUGCGCCCGUACAGCUUUAAAUAUUAUUGUUGGACCAGAUAUGCCACGGCCUUUACUCAUGGAGGAUUUGAUCGAAGGUAUUGUAUCUGUAGUAAAACAGCAACUAGAUUGUCUCAUUCAUAAUAUUAUGAGAGUUACUUCUCAUACACCUCAUUAUCAAAGCUCAGCUGUGUCACCAAGUUUUUCAAUACUGGGUCAUGUUGGUUAUCGAAUAACACAAAUUAUGAUUCUACUAGUCAAUCUUAUGCGAUUACAGCCCAAUCGUUUUACAGAUAAUUUAGUAAUUAAUCUUACUUCACUCGGGAUGGCAAUUCCUUCUUAUUCUUUGACAUCAGGAACCAGCAUAACGAAUGAAUGGAAACGAUUUUUGCUCUCUCCACAGAAACUACUCAACUUCAUAAGUCAUACUGAAAAUUCUUCGGAAUUCAUGGGUUCUUCAGCAAAAACGCUUGGUACUUUGUUUAUGGUCAGUUGGCCAGAGCACCUACAACGCUCAAGUCUUGCACUUUUAGGCACUCUUUAUGGACAGUAUGAAGCUCACAGGAAGAUGAUUGUUGAUGAAAUAUUUCGUACGUUUUUAUCAGGUCUUGAUGUCAAGCGAAAAUCUGCACCCAGUGUCAGUACAGAAACUGAAAAAAUAAUAUACCCAUCCGAUAGGCGGACUGCUAAAACCUUCCGCUUGUUGUCAUCUUCAUAUUUUUAUGAAGAAUAUUAUGGCUCUAAAGCAAAAUCCAAUGUAUCCCGUUCAAUCCAAAGUGAAUCUCCCCAAUAUUUGUACAUCCAUGCACUAAGUGCCCUCUUUCUUUGUAUCACUCAAGGUUUAAUUCACACACCGAAUUUAUCUUUUCCUGCAAACAACUGCUCUAACCCGUCCGUUCGCAAAUUUCCUUCAUCUGCUGUGUCUACUCCAACACAAAGUUCAUUUGUUUCCGAAGCCGUUACAAUAGAUAACGCACAAUUCAAUAAAGAUGAAAAACAUGUAUUGAGCAGUUAUAGUACAGCUGUUAGACAUGCACAUUACCUGCUAUCUGGUUUAUUCAAAAGGGUUAGUUUGAAAGCUGAAUACGAUAUACGAUCUGUAUUGGAAACAGUUACAAAUGAUUUAUUAAGCGUUACUUUCCAUGCACCUAUAGAAUGGCCAGCCUCAGCUAUUCUUCUCAAUGUACUCAGUAGUCUUUUAAUCCAACAACUUAAUCAAACAAAUCAAAACGCCAAUAUUUCGACAAAUCCUACCACUUCACGUUCUCGUAAUACUGAAUUAUGUGGUAAACUUCUAGCUGUUGAUACCCUUGCGUCAUUGAUUGUUGGUCUAAAACGUGGAGCUAAAGUAUAUAGCCUAGAUUUACCAUCCUCAUUAUUCAUUCAAAAUAAAAAUCAUUCUGACUUGGAGGACGGUAAAGAUAAUUGCAUGAAAACGAAUAAAUGUCAAACACGUUUAAUUGGUUUAUUAUCAUCUCCAAUCCCAAUAAUUCACCACUGGUAUUUUUCGUUCUAUGAUAUCCUUCAAAUGAGUAAUAAAAACGAUGACUCUAAUUUUUCAGAAGUUUGUGAACGGUUAAAUUUGGAUAAAAAUAUAAUUUAUUUGCCAGAUCUUUGUUCGAAAUACUACGAUUUUCUUCUUCUGACUGCUCACAGAUUUCAUCUUGCUGCAUGGCUUCAUAAUUGUAACAGAAACGUCCCGGUCACAAAUUUAGACAUCCCUACCGGGAGUGCGAAAGAUUCUUCCUCCAAUUCUACGAAAAACAAAGCUUGUGUGGAAAAACUUCGGCAUCAAUUACUAGCUGAACUUUCUCUCACACAUUUAAACUCGCCAGUAUCUGGACUUGGUUUUCCGUUUGCUAAGCAAAACAUAUCAUUACUCUCUGCAGCUUGUAUGGGAUGCCCUAAUUCUUCGCAGCAUUUGUCUUCACGAAGUCGUGCAAACUGUAUAUGUUGUUCGGGCAUGGGGUGGGGAGGUUCAUUUCUAGCUCAGUCCAUGUCAUCCCAACGUUUUAUCGCAUAUACUCACAUGCCAAAAUUAUGCAGUAACAUGCGAUUUCGUCUAGUUGCCCAUGCUCAUAUUUCUGCGGUUUAUCUCCUUGGCGCCCAUGCGGUUUUGCCGAAUUUCGACGUGCUUUACGGUUUCAUUUGUAAAUUAGCCGGGGAGUCGUCAGUACCUAUGCGGUCGAAAGCGUUGCGUUGUCUUGCUUUAGUUAUUGAUGCUGAUCCGAAGUUGAUGUCUAUAAAUAAAGAUACUAAAAAUAAAAGCACGAUUUCAUCGAGUCCGAUUUUCGAUAUCUCCAACAUUGUUCGCGCACGUUUAUUGGACAACUCCACAGCCGUUCGCGAAGCAGCUGUCGACUUGAUCAGUCGAUAUUUGACAUUGCGUCCACAAUCCUUAGCUGAAUACUACUCUGUUAUUGUGGAACGUGUCUUGGACAAGGGUGUCAGUGUAAGAAAACGAGUUAUUCGGUGCUUUCGAGAUCUACUACUUAAUGAUUGGAAUAAAUUUUUAGAUUCUUCAAAUUCUGGUUCUGAUGGACACAAUUCCUCUUUGAUUGGAAAUCAGAUGUGUACAGAUAUUUGUCUGAAACUUAUUCGCCGACUUCACGAUGAAAACAGCAUUCAAAAAUUGAUUACUGAAGCCUUCCAAGAACUAUGGCUGACUCCAAUAUCGAAAUCACAUUCUCGUUUCUCAAAGGUUCUUGAUAGGCGUAUCAUAAGUUUAGCAUCAGUGACUGUUACUCUUAGACCGAAUAACUUUGACCUGUUGAACACGUUCAUUGUUCAAGAUCUAUCUUCAGGGGAACCACAUCCUGCAGGGUCUCAGUUUGAUGCUGCGUGCAAGCAGAUUAUUGGCCGUCUGAUUGUUCUAAUAAAACGACGUAUUGGUCCUUUACUGGUCCCAAGUUCUAAACAACUGAUAAAGCAAAGUCACCCAAUGGAAUCUCGGAAAUCGUCACAGUCGCUUUCUUUUCUGUCGAAUAUGCAUGGUCUUAUGGCUUGUUUACAUCUGGUCAGUUAUAGUAAACCUAAUCUUGUUCGCCCCUACGUUGGUUUUUUAAUGGAUCUUGUGCAUAAAAUAUGUUUAUCUGUUCCUGGAACACUGACUAGCACUGGACAAGCGGAAAAUCAAAUGAAACCAACAAAUACGCAGUUCCUUUAUCACCUGAUCAAUGUUGUGGAAAUUGUACUCACAGAAAUAGCAAGCAACUUAAGUGAGUCAGAUAGUCCUCCUAUGGAAGAAGCUAUGUUUGCCGGCGUUCCGUAAGUUUUCGUUUGGUGUUUGUGUUUGAUCUGUGUUACGUAGAUUUACACAAGCACUUUUUGUUUUAUAUUGUGAAAGUCAGAUGUUCAUGUAAGAAUACAAACGAAAUGGCAGGUCUUAAGUUAUGACCAAACUGAGAAUAUCUAAGGAGAACAGAACAGAUUUUUCCUCUGAAUUAUACUAAUGAAGAAGCUGUAGUGUUCUAUGAGCUGGAUUGAUGAAGAAUACAAUACAUCCAACUUCCUUACACUGAGAUAAAGAUAUUCUUGGUCAUCUCAUGAAUAAGAUUUCGUCAUUUUUUGAUAUCUGUUAAUUUGAAAAAAUACGAUCAAUAGUGGUUCAGUUGUUAUUCCAAGGAAAAUCACUAUCCCUACCUAUUUCUGUUAUUGCUAGAUAGUAUAUCAGUAAUCCUUUGUCAUGCAUUGCAAUCUAAUAAACCUAACUCUUUUAGAGCUACAUAAUUUAGAUGAGGUUAUACUAUCAGUCUUUUUGGAUCUUCGUAUUUGCUUGAUUUUUGUAUGGAUACGCCAGCUGCAAACAUCAAGUGUUAUUAAAAUUAAAUGUUGUAAUUUUACUACUUCUUUUAUAUUUGCCUUGAUAUGAGCAUAUAUUGAGUACGUUAACUUGAUAUUUCUUAAAGAAUUAUGCUACUCUAAAUAACGUCUGUGUAAACCGAUUUCGUGUAUUUAUUCGGUGCUAAGCUUUAUGUUCACAGUAUUGUUGUGUUUAUGCUUACGUUAAUCAUCGUCAACGUAAAUCUCGGAAUAAAUGUCCAAUAGAUCGCACCAUAAAAAGAUAAAACUUAUUAAAUAAAUAGCAAAAGAGUCAAAUUAGCAUUAGCAUCCGUGUGUGCUGUUCAUAUUAAGGGAUUCGAAGCAGUAUUAGCAUUUAUAUUCUGACAAUGAUCAGAAACCUAUGCAAACAGUGAAAUCAUGAAAUGUAAAUGUGUUAGACAUGUAUUCAGAUUACCAAGAAGGCUACUGGGGGAAGGCUCCCGGUGGACUCAAGGAAGCUCUAGAAGGGCCGAAGACAUUCCAUACAAUCACCGUGUAGCUCUCCGAUUGGACAAAUGCUAAGAACCACUGCAUGCUGAUUGGAUGAUUGUAAUGAUUUCGUUUUUACUAAAAGCUAUAAACACCUGAGUGUUUUGUACCAUAUUUGACUGGUUCGAAUAGGAUUCCUUUCCAUUUUUCUUCUGUCUUCUAACUUGCGAUUUGGAGGGUUCAAGCGUUUGAGUUCUCAAAUUGUACGCGGCAUAGCAGAAAUUCAAGUUCCAGAUGUGGCAGACACCAUCCAAUGUAAUAACGUAUUGAAUUGCGAUAGAAGUAAAUUAAAAAUUAUAAGAAUGGGUAGAAAGUGGAUUGAGUUAAGUAUGAAUAUUUAGUCUGAAUAUAUUCAGAUUAAAGUACUUAUUUUAGAAAACAUUUAAAAAAUGUUCGCUUGUGAAGGGUUUGGUGUUUACGAGCUCUGUUUUAGUGUCUAACGACCUUGAGGGCUAAUAUUUUGGCACUGCUGGGCAUACAGAUUCCUCUAUGGUUACCACUCGGGGAUUUCUGUGCGUUUCUAAGAAUCGGGAUGAUCAGUGAUGUAGAUCAAUCACAUGAUUUUUCCAACUUCUCAAAGAGUCUCUGAUCUUUUGUCUGUUACCAUUUUAGGUUGUUUCGGAAUAUCGAGUGACCGGAGAGUAACUGGAGACCAGUAAAACUGCUCUUGGUUUUUCCAUAUCUUACUGUCGUUCCUGACGAUCAUCAUUGUGUACACAUUUUAUCACUCUACUUUUAAAAUGUUUCUGAUCCUCAUUGUUUUCAAGGUCUGCUUGCAUGAGUUUCUUAGCACCUAUCAAAUCAGUAAAAGUUUCUAAAGUCUAUCGAUAUUUCUUAACCUUCCGGUUUAAGUUGUUGAUUGAUAUUAAUGCUGUGUUUGCAGCUGUUUUUAUAAUAUUACAAGCUACCUCUUUAUUAUCGGCUAAGUGAUUGUCUGUUUCUUCCUUAACCUUUUUGCGUUCUGACUAAGCUCUAAACCAUCCUCAUAUUGUGACUUCUGCGUUCAGUAAAAUUCAUGGAAUUGCUUGCUUUCGCUAUAACACUAAUGGGGUCCAAGGAGUAUGUCUCCAGAAGGAGUGACAGUCUUCUGAUGGGACUCCGAAGGUGGUCGAAAGCGAUAUGGUGUGUUGAUGUUGAUAUUUACUAAAUAAGACAAUGUCCUUCAUGAUUAAGGUUAAUAUUUAUUAUAGGUAAACAGCCUGUUUGAGGAUAAUUGUAGCUGGCAUUCACUAAUAUCUGUUUUCCGAACUGAAACACCACAUCAAUCUAGCUAUUGCUUAAACUGGAUUAUCUAACUUACUUGGGUUUUAAAAUCAUGUACUAUGAUAACUUUGUCUGAGAUCCUGUAUUUUUGAAGGAAGUCGAAGGAUUUCUUGUAAAACCUGCGUUUCGCCCCACUGAACUGCAGUCGGUGGAAGUGUACUCAUUAAUGGCUAAAAAGCAGACAACACGGUGUAUCUCCGUCUGGAUUUUUGAUUAGUUUGGAUUCAAGCGUCUGUUGACAGGAAUUUAUUCCAUAUGUGUUUCUUAUACUUUAGAGUUAAUGCUUAACUUCUUGUAAUCUCUCUUCCGUUAUGAGAAGGCAAAAACGCUCAAAAUACUUUUUAUAUGUUAUUUGAUUAAAGAAAUAUUUUAUAUACACUUUUGUAACGAAAUGGUGCUAAAUGUAAUGAUUAUUUGUAAGCUGUUUUUAGCCCUGCAAAUAUCCAUAUGGUCAGUCAUAGUGUAUCUUUAUUUAAAUGUUUUUCCUAGACGUACUAACUUCUUUCAGUUACAAAAUGAUUUACUUCAGUUUGUUCAACGUCAAGGUCGUUUGGUUGUUGAUUCAGCUUUAUCGUGUUUAGCAGUGCUCGUUAAUCAAGUUUUAAAAGACCAAACUCAAGUUAUAUGUUGCUUCACACAAUUCUAUGGUCUCCUUACGGACCUUUCAUUAGAAUUACGAGAGGCUCUUUCAACUAAGAUAAGUACUUCUGCUCGAAUAUCAUCCAAAACUCGACCAUCAAUAUUGCGGGCAUUGUACACUGUCGGUUUGAUAUGUAAAUACUUCACAUUGGAUUAUUCAUUUAACAGAAAUAAGAAAUCGGGUAUGUCUAAUUCAAACCUACUGGAUGAAGUUGUGGAUAUACUUAUGUUGUUUGCGGAAUAUGCAUCCGUUCGUAUACAUGUACAAAGCAGCACCACAUUUUCCAAUCCCAGUAGCUCUACGAACGAUCUUAACAAUGAUGGUGUUAAUCCGUCUCAUAUGAAGUCUGAUAUGAUUGAUCCAGAUUUAUGUCGUAAAGCUAUUACUGGUUUAGGAUUUUUAUUAUUUCGUCAUGAUCAACUUUUCUGUACUGGUUCUGUACAAUUGUUUUUAACUCGAUUUCUUUCAACUGUUCAAAAUUCUUUAACCAAUAAUCACCCAACUGAUGGAUCCUCAUUUUUUGAGAUUCAGUGUAUUAUACUUGACAAUUUAACACAUUAUUUAUUGCAGAAGGAGCGUAAAGCAACUGCAGAUAAUCGCUUGUGGGCUACACGUUCCAAGCGUGAAUCUCUCAAAGAACUAACUGAUCAAGUAACUGGUCACAGCAGUGCAGUUGCCCAAACCUAUUUGCCCAUAGUUUUAAAAUAUUGUAUUCUCACCCCGUCUGUUAGUGUUCGCUCUUCAGCCUUAAGCCUAAUAUCAACUAUAUUACGUCAAGGAUUAAUUCAUCCAUCUCACGUUUUGUCUUCCCUGAUUUGUUUGCAAACUGAUUCAGACCCAAGUAUUCGUUCUCGUGCUUCAGUUUGUCUUACAGAAGCUGAACAAAAAAUUCCCGGAUUCGCCGCAAUGCGAGCUGUCUCUGGAAUUCGCAUGUCACAUCAGUUGCAAUUAAUUAUACACACUAAUGAGUUUUCUUCACUCAUAGUUCGCGGAGCUAAAGAUUCUAAAACCGCUUCUGAAAGUAAAUCACUUUCACCGACAAAUAAUUCUACAUCUACAGUAUUUUGUAUAAAUUAUGGACUGUACAACAUGUUGAGAACUAAUCGACAAUAUCGUCGAUCGUUAAUUGUUAAUUUGUUAUCUAUAUUUGAUGAAUACCAGAAAUCAUCACUUCACACCACUGAAAAUGAGAGUAUUCAAAGUCGGUUAAGUCAGUUGAUUUUCAUCGCAGAUCACUUGGCACACUUUCCAUAUGUAGUUCUUGAUGAAGUUUACUACGUUGCUGACCUAAUAGAACAAAGAAUAAGCCUAAUAGGAUCUACUAUUUUAAGAUCCUUAUACCGAAGUUUGUUAUCUGCUGCUCAAAACAAAUGCUCAAAUUCAGAAGUCUGUGAGUUAUCCAGAUCUUCAAUGAACAAUGAUCGAAAAUUCACUAGUGAAACUGACCUCAUGGAUUUCCUUGAUAAGUGUGAAGCAAAUUUACCUAGAGAAUAUGACUUCAACACUUCCUAUAAAUAUGUGGAAACAAUGAAAGCUCUUGAUAAUCAAAUUUCAUUUAGUUCAUCUGAGAAAGACCUACAAAACAUGUUCAAACACUGUCAGUCAGAUUCUUUAAAAGGAAAGGCACGAUCAUCUAUGGUAUACGCAGGACCAUCGUGUCUACUCCUUAUGACUAUCAGAAAGUUUAUACGUGAAUACUAUGGUGUAACUUACAGGUAAAUUUUAUUUUCAUAUAUGCUUCAUACUGUAUUAAAUGUUACCAGCAAAAUAUUAAUUUCGUACUAAGGUAAGGUAUUAUAGAAUAAUUUGUGAGUUUAUUAUUAUUGUAAAUUUUAUAUCCUAUGAAUAGGACUAAAACGUAGGUGUGUUGUCAUUUAUACUGAGAAUUAAUUCUACUAUAGGGAGUUAUAAUGUAUGCAUUUUUUCAUUUUGUAUUAGGAUCGACUAACAAUUUGAUUGCUCAUUGCUCAAACAAGGGUACAUCUUAAAACUCUGCUAAAUAAAAAUGUUAUGUAGAGUACCGUAGAUUUAUAGCCUUUAACAUGUUCUACAGAUAAUUAUAUUUCUUUUUAAUAAAUAUUCACUGUAACGGUUUCAGUAAACUGAAAGAUUACUCACCUUCUGAUACAUCGAAACUUUGGGAGAAACCAAUUAUAUUAACAAAACAAUCAAGUUGUUCUGGCCAGCUCAUGACAUUAUCGUGCAUAGUUUACCAGUACGUUUUGAACCCUGGGUGGAGCGAUGUAUCUAAAGGCCCUCCAGAUCAUAUUCUUUUACGCCAUUUUCUUGUACUGCGUCGAGAAUUAAUGCUUCAUGAAGACAGUUCAUUAAAUGAGCAGUCGGUAAAGUGUACUUCUAAGCCUAAUGUUCAAAUUUCUGACAUUGAAAAUGACAUAAAAGGUAAGUUCUAAAUCAGCAUCAGUUUUUCCUAUGAUUAUUUGUUAUUCUGUUCCACAUUACAACUGUAUACAGCACUUUAGUCGAUCCUCAUUUUACUCUUUUAGUAUUAUAGUGGCAACUCCGCCUAUAGCUCUUCUGGAGUUACAGUAAUUCCAAAGCCCAGGUAAAGGAGGACAGCUGGGCAUGGGGUCGGAAACACCAUCCCGUAGAUAACGAUCUUUCUAAAAUAACGCUAACCAGAUUAAACAAAUCAAACCAUUCAAACUCUACCCUGGGGGUUGAAGGAAUAAUUAGGGCGCCUCAGGAUGAAAGCCGAGAUUCUUCCGAAGUCGCGCGGCCGAUGCCCCUUCUAAUAACCAGAGCAACAAUUUUCAUAGGUACAUUGAACGUCCGGACAAUGUGAGAGGUCGUGAGGACCAGUCAAAUAACAACGGAAAUAAGGAGAUACAAAUUGGCAGUACUUGGAAUCAGCGAAACCCACUGAACUCAAGCUGCACAGCAAAGGUUGGAUACGGGAGAGAUGCUGCUGUACUCCGGUCACGAAGAGGAAAAUGCUCCACACACUCAGGGAAUUGCUCUAAUGCUGUCCAAAGUAGCACGAAAUGCACUUGUAGGAUGGGAAUCUUACGGAUCCAGAAUCAUCAAAGAAUCAUUCAAGACAAUGAAUGAGGGGAUCACAAUGAAUGUUAUCCGAUCUUAUGCACCCACCAAUCAUAGUAACGACGACAAUAAAGAUCAGUUCUAUGAGAGGCUGCAAUCAAUCACAGCUAAGUAUUCAGGAAAGAAACUGACCAACCUGAUGAGAGACCGAAACGCCAAGGUCAGGAUGGACAACACUGAAUAAGAAGAUAUCAUGAGACGACAUGAACUGGGAGAGAGAAACGAGAAUAGUGACAGAUUUUCAAAUCUACGUGUAUUCAACAACUUGGCUAUAAGUGUCACAAUAUUCUCACACAAACGCAUACACAAAGCUUCAUGGGUCUCACCGGAUCAUACCAUGGAUAACCAUAUAGACCAUAUUUACAUCUAUAAAAUUCAGAGGGUCAAUGAAAGGCGUGUGAACAAGGAUGAUUACUAUCGCUCUUUCUUUUCCUUCUGAUAGUUGACUGGAUUAUGAAGACUUACAAAUCUCAGAGGAAGCACGGCUUACAAUGGACAGCUUGUAUGCAACCAGACGAUUUGAACUUCGCAGAUGACCUGGUCCUUCUAUCCCAUACACAAAAGCAACUGCAGGUGAAAACACACAGUGUAUCAGAAGCCUCUGCAGCAGUAGGCCUCAACAUACACAAGAGAUAAAGAAAGAUCCUGAAAUCCCACACAGAACACCAACCCAAUCUCACUUUAUGGAGAAGCUCUGGAAGAUGUAGAAUCUCUCACGUACCUGGACAGAAUCGUCGAUAAACAAGGGGGAUCUGAUGCAUGUGUGCGGGCACGCAUUGGCAAAGCAAGGGCAGCAUUCCUACAAUUGAAGAACAUAUGGAACUCAAAACAACUGUCAACCAAUAUCGAAGUCAGAAUCUUCAAUACGAACGUCGAGACAGUUCUACUGUAUGGAGCUGAAACGUGGAGAACAACUACAAUCAUCGACAAAAAUAUACAAGUAUUUAUAAACAGUUUUCUACGCAAGAUAUUCAAUGUCCGUUGGCCUGACACCACAGCGACAACCUACAGCAGGAGAAGACAUACCAGCUUCCAACUGAAGAAGAUAUAAGGAAAAGACGCUGGGGGUGGGUGGGACACACAUUGUGGAAAUCACCAAACUGCAAUGCGAGGCAAGCCCUAGCUUGGGACCCUGUAGGCAAAGGGAAAAGUGGAAGGUCGAAGAACACACUGCGCAGAGAAUUGGAGACAGACAUCAAAACAAUGAAUCGCAACUGGAAAGGAUUGCCUAGGGCAGGGUUAGAUGAAGAGUGAUUGUCAGCGGCCUGUGCUCCUUCUUGAGAGGUAACAGGCUUAAGUAAGUGAGUAUUAUAGUGACGGUUUAUUUGAUCAGCGUCUGUUCCAUGAUAUUCAUAAUUGUAGACAUAACAACUCAGCAAAAUAAGUGCAAUUGUAACUUUCAGUUUUAAAAAUAUCUGUGUUGUUGGUUCUGGAUCACUAAUCAUAACAGUUACUGUUUUACCCGUUUGUUCAUGAUGUCGAGCUAAAUAUAUUUACUGCACUUUCGUUUGAAAAUAGCUUAUAUUCUGCAGAGUUUGCCACAGAAGUAGAUUCAAAUUCAACAUGCAACAGAACUAUACGUUCAGUUUUUCUCAUAUUUAUUCCUUAUUAUAUCAUUUCCUUCAUGACUUAUAGCUUCCAUAUGAUUUUUACUGCAUUCAUGGUCGAUUGAUCGCAACUUUUUCCCAUGACGACAAGUAGUCUAACAUCCAUCAGUAAUGUAAGAUAUAUAAUUAUUCUAGUGUUACGUUUACUAGCGCUAUGUUAUCACCGAUAGGGUUUCUUCCAAUGAGAUGCUUGUUAUUUAUUUUGGUCAUUACUUCGUCUGUAUCUCAGAGGAUUUACAUUAUACUGCCUGUUGCAUUUAGAAUUGUCGGUGACGCAGCACAUUUACAAAACAUUGUACUAAACUGUGUAUUUCAAACCUCUUGAAUCCAUAAGAGAUUCUCACUAAUAAAACUCUACGGACUUUUUUCUAUAUCUAAAGGUGUAAAAAUAGUUUCCUACAAAUUAUUUCGCCAAACGGUUACUUCAUUCUAUUAUGUUACUGAUUUUUACCAUUUCAUAAGAUUCUUCAUUUUCCCACAUGUAUUUGCCCUCUCAGUCAGUCAACAAUUGAAUACUGUAUUUUACAGAAGAUUGUCAGGCGGAAGUGGAAAGUGGAGAAUGCUCUACAACCUUAUGCAAUCCGUCAACUAUAUCCAAACGUAGCAAGUCAAAUUCUGCGGAAUGUUUACCAUCUGUUAAACAGAGUCUUGAUAGCUCUUUUAAUCAGACAAUUGGGAAAUCUGGUAAGCAGCUUGGAAAACAUAAAAUUGUAAAACGACAGUCUUCAAAAUCAUCUUUAUCAGAUCCUUCCAUUGAGGCCGUAGGCGACACUGGGAUGAAAAAUAAAGAAAAACAUUUUGUUGACUUACAAUCUCAAUGUUUAAUUUCAAAGUCCAUCAAAAAGCAUAGACGGCUAUCAGAACAUUCCAGCUAUUCUACCAGCUCUGAUUCAGUCGAGUUAAAUAAUCUUAGAAAGUCACAGAAAAUUGGUAGUUCACGUGGUCACCAAUCUCUAUUGCAGUCAAGUCCAGAUUCGCCGAAUAAACCUAGUUUUCAAAAUCAAACUCACCAUACGCAUUUCGAAUCGUUAGAUUCUGAUGCCAACUCAGAAACUAACUCUGUGGAUAGCUGUGUUAGAAAGAAUAAUAAGAUAGCUAUGAUUUCAAAAGUAAAACAACCUAGUGUUUCGAAUUAUGCUAAUCAAACAAAAAAACAAUCAACUUCACAAUCUUAUAUGCAAAAAAAUACUAAAACGAAAAAAUCCAACUUUCAAAAUUUGGGAGUUAUUGGUCAUGCUAAAUCUCUUUCUCAUCAGUGUCGUUCGACUAAUUCAAAACAGUCUACAGGUCCAACUCGCACUCUUGCUCCACUACCGUCUGCUAUGAUGAAUAGUACAAAUACAUCUCGUCCGGGGAAGCAUUCCAUUACGAAUAGGAAAACUAAGCACGAUUCUAAACGUUCGGAAUUCGCCAGUAAAUAUGAAAUGAAACAUGUAUCACAUCACUUUGCUUCAGGUGGUAAUCAUCACACUUCGCGAGUGAAGAAUUCGAAAUCUAAGUCAUUACCUUCCAAAACCAGUCAUUCAAAUGAAAGUCAAACUCACAAGCCACAUUCGGAAGAACAACGAACAAGUAAAAAACACUUGUCUGAAUGCCAGAGUUUCAAAAUGCGUCAAAUUAAUUUAGCAACCAAGGAGAGUUCCAUUAGAAACGGCCAAAAGCUGGAAAUCCUAUCCAAUUGUGAUAAAAGUGAAGAACAACUAUCCGAUUCUAGUGAAUCCUCCUUGUCAUCCACUUCUACAUCAUUGUCUUCAUCGUCAACAUCAUCAUCAGAAGAUAGUAUGUCCUCUUUUUCCUCGUCGUCAUCCUCGACUCUUCAGUCCAGAUUAAAGCAAAAAAAGAAAACAAAACUCACUUGAUGCUUUCCUUGUUUGUUUUUUAUGAAACAUUAAAGAAACAAUUCGGAGGUCCAAAUCUCUCAACACUUAAAGUAACAUUUUAGGGCUGUUUUAUUAUUGUUGUUCUUUGCCAACCAAACCUUACGUUUUUAUUGCGAUUUUUUUAAUGCUUGUUUCUGUUCAUUAUUAUUCUCUAGCAAAUAGUAUUUUUACACAGAGGAAAGGUUAACAAACGCACCCUACAUUCAAAAGCAUUCCUUUUAAAGCGCCUUUGCUUUACUAUUACCUAUGAACAAAUCGGAUUAUCUCCAUAAUGUUGAUAUUGAUUUAAAUAGGUGUAGUUACGCAAAAAUAUCUGAUUUUUGUGUAUCAUCCAUAGUUUUUUAUGCUAUUGUUGUAUAGUGCUUUCAAUAUUCAGCUUUAUUUAUCAACACAUAUUUUGUUUUCAUCUCCUUAAAUGUUUUUAAAGAUUCUGUAUUGUGUGUAAUAUAUUGAGUUAUGCUUGUAUGUGUACUUGCUGCCUUUUGUUCAGCCAUGUUACAAUCUUGGAAAUAAGAGGCCAUACUUAUAACCUUUAUAUGAACAUGAAUCUAUCGACCUACUACGUCGUCCAACAAGUUGCUUCUGAGCUCAUGUAUGUCUUUUUUCUACAGAUUCGGAUACUUUCUGAGCAUACCUAUCCCUUUCAAAAUUCCCAUUUUUUAAAAUACAAUACUUCGAUUAUUUCCCUUGCAUUCGUUCUAAUAUAUUCGUUAAUAUUCCACUUACAAACUAAUUUUUUUCAAUUCCGCAACAGUUACUGUCCCAAUAUUAUUUUUACAUUUCUUGUUUCUUUGGUUGGUUGAUUAUACCAAUAACAAUCAAGAUAACGAUUUUGUAAUUUUUUGAUUCACUUCUUUCAUUUCAUUGUUUGAUUUUUUCUUGGUUUGUUUGUUGCUUUCCAGUUGGUCAUACUUUAUUUGCGUUGACCAUGUUAUCUGUUGUUGUUUGUUUAACGUAUUCGAAUGUUCCCAAAUAUUAGUCACCAGUAGUAGCUGAAGGAUAUAUAUAUAUAUAUGCUAAAAUAUUGUUAACUUCAAAUUACCACCGUCAAUAUUAAUUCUUGCUAUGAUUAUCUCAGUUUAAUUUGUACAGGUUGAAUCGCACUCUCGAUUUACACAUCUCAAUAAUCAAAACGUCAGAAAAUAAAGCAAUCAAGUUCAUAUAAAUUAUUAAUUUUAUGAAGUAUUUAAUUCCGAUCAUUGUUUAUCUUUACAUAUCCCAUUUUGCUCUAUCAAAUGUGUAUUCAUUUCAAACAAUUUAUGUCCUAAAACUUCGGUUAACGAUAGUUGAGAAUCAACCAGUAUUGUACACAAAAAACAUUUGGUGCACUAAGAAACGCUUCAGAAAGAUGAUUACAUUGUGAAACAUUAAAAAAAAAACAUAUUAACAAGUAAAUUUUUUUAGACAAAAACACUACUUAUCUAUACUUCAUAAUGAAAAAUACAAAUCAGCUAAAACUCAUUUGGUUAAGAAUAACAUACUCUUUUUAUGAGUAAUGUAAGGAACAACGAUAGGAUCGCCACUGGGCAAUACUCUAACCGCAACCUUGUACACAUUUGUUUGCAGUGCGGCCUAUAUGAAUGUAUACUUGAAAUUCGGAAGUAAAUUGCCAAGUGGGGUCGCUGUGCGGAACGUUGGUAUUUGUGAGAAAUAGGUUAUUUGCAUAAUUGAAGCAGACAAUUCCUAAUAUUCAACCUGCAACCAACAAGUCACUAUUCGUCAUUCAAACUCCUCGCUCAUGUUUCUAGUUGACUGGAUUGUCCAACUCUCCCAGCUGUCGGGUCACUAUUUUUGAGGCACGUUUUGUUGAUACGUUUCUUCAUUCUAUAACAGUAUUGCUCAUUUAGUGCAUACGAACAACAGUCGGGGCGUAGGUAGAGAUAACGAAAAGGGAUCGCUCUCCACGUUGUUUACUUUCGCUUAAUCUCAACAGAGUAUAAAACAAGUGUAAAGGGAUAACUUGUCAAUGGGUUCUUUCUCAGCUUUGGUACUUAGUGCUGUAUCGAUCGCAGGAUCUAAUGCUAAGUAGAACAAACAUUUUUAAUUAUCUGUAUGAAGCUGUAGUACUUCACUAGAUUAUCGAAUAUGUACAUAUGAUAACUAGGAGUAUUCGAAUUAAUGUGCUCCAGAGAAUUCCCAAAAUAGUGCAAUUUAAGAUAGGAACGUAUUAUAUUUGAAGUUGAUAGUGAUUAUCAUGUUCACCUCACGCGAAAGGUCCUUGGUUCGAACCCAGGUUCGACCAGGCUAAGAUGCGGUGACCACAAAUACCCUGGUACGGCCGAGAGUGGGGAGAGUCCGCUCACCCUCUCGAAAUGCUCACGCGUAUAUAGCCUCUGCCAGUGAAUUACUACUCACUGUCUUUUACGCGGCGAGGGUGUUUACGAAAUUGAGAGGACGAAAGGUGGAUGUCCGACACCUUAACCGGGUUGGUGGACACGAAGGGUCAGUAUAGGGGAGUUGGAAAACCCUGAUUCCAAAUCAAUGGUGCACAUGGGCUCCAGUAUCCUGAGUGAACAAACGGCGUAUGGACCAAUUAUUGGUCACCGGCUAUCAUGGGACUGCAUAUCCUUGCGUUGCUUCACUGCCUUGUGGAUCAGACCUGUAGGUCUAAGGCUCUGAGUGUGGCCCCCUAAGAAAACCACCUGUUUCGGUUUGGGCACCCGGGCAGCACCACAGCCCUUGCACAAAUCAAAUGAGAUUUGUGUGGCGCAUAUGUAUUCGGUGCCUCCUUUAACCAAUAUCUAGUGUUCAAAUAAAAAAAGUUAGUACAAAUACCACAGUGCGCCAAACAUCAGUAACGAAUCUCCUUGUGUCUCCAACCCAAAGGUCUAAUCAAAUGAGGUAUCAUCGGGAAAUAAGGUCUCAUAGUAGCACAUGGCAUUCUUUCAAUAUCCUAUGGUCCGUGUAUGUCAUUGGUUUGGACUAGGGUCUUCCAACACAUGUAGUCGUCCACUUCGGCCAUUCUAGAUCAAACUCCAAAUUUCCACUUCUGUAAUGAUAAUCAGCAGGACUUCCCUGGAAGAGGUCAUAAACUUGAGAGUGUAUGAGAAUAAGUGGACUCCAUUGUCUCAUCCUUGCUAAGGUAGGGGAUCAUCGUGUUGAAUAUUCAAUCAUGCUCCUAUGACAAGUAAGACUCCACAACCGUAUUCUACAUUUGCUUACUAAGGCGUACUUCUACUCGGUUUCUCAAGGUGAAUGUGUUAUGACGUGAAAAAUAAAUGCUCCUGAUUAAGGGGUAGCGAAUUAUUGAUCGGACCAAAGACGCGCAAACACGUAGGACGACCUAGGGUUCUGAUUGGUCUCGCUUCCCUGUCUAGCCCAGUCAACUGAGUCCAGAACACAAGUCUCAGCCUCGGAUUUAUGAAUCAUUAUAUUUCAAACAUACUUUGUUUAUAUACCAGUCAAGCAGUCCACAACGUACCAUAAAAUAGAAGAUAACAUUGUACAAUAAUGGCCAACAGGAAAAUAACACGUCAAAUAAAUAUUGACCAAUAAGAUGAU